AUGCUUGCAUGGCUGCAUUCCACUGCGGUUGGAGAGCAAGAAGCUUUGGAGGUACUCUUUAUUUCACAAGAAGGAGAAGGUCAAAACAGCAUAUUAGGUGGUAUCGAGGAGGGUUUAAAGAGUGAGCCGUGGCUUGAAGAAGGCGACAGAGAAGGGAGCGAGGCAACCCGCGGCGGGUGGGAUGCUAGAAAACGACUCAUGAUGUUGGUUGACAAGAACCUGCAGACUGUGUGUAAGCCAUUGAAGUCAAGAAUAGAACAAGUUAUCGCCAGUCACGAAGAAAGCACCUUAGUCUAUAAAAUCUCCAAUUUGAUAAACUUCUACCGCCUAACCUUCGAAAAAUUACUCGGCCAGGAAUCAUUCCUGUUAGAAACAAUGAAGACAACCGAGCAAGCCGCCUUCCGCCAAUUCCACAGCUCCCUCCAAGAGCACGUCCGUGCCGUUCAGUCCGAGCUCCCGCAGGCGCCCAGUGACCUGACUCCACCACCAUUCCUCUACGAAGCUCUCAACGAGCUAAAGCAGCUAAUGAUCUCCUGCGGCACCGCCUUAAUCCCCGACUCCGAGCGCGAAGGCGGCUUCUCUAAGAUCCUCGAGGAAGCGCUAGACCCGUACCUAGAUGGGUGCCACAACCUCAGCCAGGACCUAGAAGAAGUCGACAAGAACAUAUUCGUCAUAAACUGCCACCUCGCGGCGAAAACAACACUAGAACAAUCCAGCUUCACCGCAGAUAGGAUCUCCAAACUAGACAUCGAGGUGGGGGAACAGGUGAGAUUGCUAACGGAAUUCCAGCACAACUUUUUCGUGCACACUAGCGGACUACACCCUUUGCUGGUAGCUUUAUCAGACUGGGAUCCGAAGACUACUAACACAGCAAAGACAACCUCCCUGACCCAGCUCCUCCCCUUCUCCCCACACGCGCUCUCACUUGUCAGCCAGAGGCUCGACGAGUUCCUCCCGAGCGCACUCAUGGACGCUACGGCCGGCCUGGGGCGCCUCUCCUCACCCAAGAUAAUCGGAGAAAUCACGCAGGAGGCAGUGUCCCGCUUCGUCGAUGACUUCUCCCGCGUGGAGGAGGUGGUAAUCGGCGUUCUCGUGAAUGAAGGAAACGGACAGGGAGAAGGCGGGAUCGAGUUUGCGCGGAGCGUUUGGCCAAGGACUGCGGAUGAGGUUAGAGUUUUGUUGACUUAA